AGCCAGCCAGAAGAAGCUUUGUUCUCCCAAACGUAUCUUCUCAAAAACUCAGUUUCCUAGAAGUUCCUCUCCACACCAUGCAUGAACCAUACUAUUUCUCUCUCCGUAUAUAAUAAAUCACUCUUCUCACUCCUCUCCAACACUACCACUGAUCAGUGUCACUCAAAAAUAGAAAGAAAAAAAAAAAAAAGGUUUUAGAAAAUGAAACCAAGUUCUUCAUCCUCCCCACGACCCAACAACAACAACAACAACAAUUGUUACAGAAUAAAAGGCCCAUGGAGCGCGGAAGAGGAUCGGAUCCUGACCUGGCUGGUGGAAGCCCAUGGGCCGAGGAACUGGGCCUUGAUAAGCCGUCACAUAAAGGGCCGGUCGGCGAAGUCGUGCAGGCUUCGAUGGUGCAACCAGCUGAGUCCCGCGGUGGAGCACCGACCCUUCUCCACGCGCGAGGACGAGGUUAUACUCCACGCGCACGCGCGCUUCGGGAACAAGUGGGCCACAAUCGCCAGGCUUCUUCCGGGCCGAACCGACAAUGCCGUUAAGAACCAUUGGAACGCCACGCUCAAGCGGAGGGCCCCCCAACGGCGUCGUUUUGCCACGGAGCGCUUCGAGGACGACACGUUUACUGCGUUGACUCUGGCACCGCCGGGGAGUUUCGGGCCCUAAUGAGGGAUUAUCCAAAUAUUUAACACAUUCACUUAAGGGAAGUUAUUUUGUCUCUCAACCCAAAAACACUCAAGUUUCUUUAAAAUAUUUUUUAAUUUGUAUUUAAAUAGCCUCUUAGAUUUUUUUUUUU